UGUCGGACAGUCUGAAGCUCAGUCUCUCUCUGAAUCUUCUUCUGAUCUUCCUCAGAAACAGGAAACAGGAUGUUGUGUCCCAGCGUUUUCCCACCGCCGGCCUCCCCCCCCAUGCAGUGUUUCUUGGAUGCUCAUUGGCCGGUUCGCCGCCUGUGGCCCGAGGUUCAGCCGAUCUUCUUCCACAUGGAGCAGGAGAUGCAGCGCCACCUGCAGGAGAUGCGUCAGAACAUGGAGAUCAUGGAGCGUCUGCACCAGAGGAUCUUCCAGCAGAUCGACCACACCUCGCCGUCUGCCGUGUUCCAGCCCAUCGUCUUCCAGGAGCUGUGGCAAGACGGCCUCUUCUCUCUGAGUCUGGACACGGUGGCGUUUCACCCCGAGGAGCUGGAGGUCACGCAGGUCGGCAGGAAGCUGAGGGUCAGCGGCCGCUCGGAGAAGAAGACGGACGACGAGAAGGGCUCGUUCUCUUCCUGCUGCCAGGAGUUCAGGCAGGAGCUGGACCUGCCCCAUGGCGUCGAACCGGAGGCCGUCAGAUGCUCUCUGUCGGGGGGGCGUCUGCAGAUCCAGGCUCCCCGGGAGAGAGCAGUGCAUGAUGGGAAGGAGAGGUUGGUUCCCAUCAACGUUCUGCCCGCCAUCGCGUCUCCAGAGAGCGACUCAGCGGAGAAAAACUGACCCGAGCGACGCAUCCCGUCCGAUAACAUAUCUUUGUAGUUCCUGAUUUACCUGCACUUUCAUUUAUAUCAAUAAGAUGUUUAUAAUAAAGUUAUUAUUCCAUGGAG